AUGGCGAGCCAUACCACCUCGCCUGGUCAUGGGCAAUCCCAGCCGCUACAUCAAGCAAACGGUCACCCACCGCAGCCGAUCCAGCAGCAACAACAACAACAGGCACGGCCAACAGCAUUCCAGAAUCUGCAGCAUGUAAAUGAAACAGUAUGGCUUCAAAUCGGAAGCCUGACGGAGUUGAUGGGCGAUUUGGACCGUGCAAUGGCCGCAUACGAGAACGCGCUUCGCCAGAAUCCUUACUCUAUCCCGGCGAUGAAUUCCAUCUCGUGCAUUCUUCGCACGAAAGAGCAGUUCUCAAAGGCAGUAGAAUAUCUUCAGAGCAUCUUGAACUUGGAUGGAAACAAUGGCGAUAUCUGGGGCUCUUUGGGACAUUGCUACUUGAUGAUGGAUGAUCUGCAAAAAGCUUAUUCAGCCUAUCAACAGGCCUUGUAUCAUCUUCGCGACCCAAAAGAACCGAAACUUUGGUACGGAAUUGGAAUUCUGUACGAUCGCUAUGGGUCUCUUGAACAUGCUGAAGAGGCAUUCUCACAAGUGAUGCGCAUGGAGCCGAACUUUGAGAAGGCAAACGAAAUCUAUUUCAGAUUGGGUAUAAUUUAUAAGCAGCAGCGUAAAUAUCAACAGAGUCUUGAGUGUUUCCGCUACAUCGUCAAUGACCCGCCCCGCCCGUUGACUGAGGAGGACAUCUGGUUUCAGAUCGGACAUGUAUAUGAACAGCAGAAAGAUUAUAAUGCCGCGAAAGACGCAUACAUGCGUGUUCUUGAAUCAGAUCCCAACCAUGCCAAGGUCCUGCAGCAACUUGGCUGGCUUCAUCAUCAGCAAAGUAACAACUUUGAUAGCCAACAGCUUGCCAUUGAGUACCUUGAGAAAUCAGUGAGCGCUGACAACUCGGAUGCCCAAAGUUGGUACCUCCUUGGACGAUGCUACAUGUCUCAGCAGAAAUACCCCAAGGCGUAUGAAGCUUAUCAACAAGCUGUCUAUCGCGAUGGCCGCAACCCAACAUUCUGGUGCUCUAUUGGUGUUCUCUACUAUCAGAUCAACCAGUACCGUGACGCUUUAGAUGCGUACUCCCGCGCAAUUAGGCUGAACCCCUACAUAUCCGAGGUUUGGUACGAUUUGGGGACGCUGUAUGAAUCAUGUAACAACCAGACAAACGAUGCUCUUGAUGCCUACCAACGCGCAGCUGAGCUGGACCCCAAAAACCAACAUAUCAAAGCUCGCCUCCAGCUAUUGAGAAAUGGCCAGUCAUCUGGUGUAGCUCAUCAAGCAUCUGCGCCGCCUCCACAGGAUGUGCAUCCUCAGGCUUAUCAGGCUGCAGGAGUUGGCGGUCCUCCAGGGCCACAAUGGGGUUCACAGGCACCCCAAGGCCCCCCUCAAGCUCGAGCGCAACAGCACCCUCCCCCUCCACUCCCCCAGCUCCCUCAACACCAACAGCAACAGUUGCAGCAACCUCAACAACAGCCAUCACCAUACCGUCCUGUGGACCAGUCCGGCCCGCCACCCCCACCCCCACCACCGCCGCAACGACACAUGGACCAUAGCCCUGACCUCAUGCGUGGGCGUGUUGAUGAAAACAGGCACCACCUUAGAAGGCCGCUGUCACCGUCGCCAAAAUUCCCGAGCCACCCAUCCCAAUCAGGUCCAUUCCAGCCUUCUCAACAAAGCCAGCAGCAGCAGCAGCCACCUCCUGGUCGUAUUCUUAAUCCCCACCAUAAUUCACAAGUGAUAUUGCCACCUGCGUCGAAUGGUUACCCUCACCAUUCAUCUUCGCAGGGCGGCAUCGCUGGUGGCGCACCACCACCAGCCUCGGCCACAAUGGCAGCGGAAGCAGCGGCGCGCGAACGGGGUGAACGAGGUAGUGACCGGGAUGAGAAGCUUCAUUACGGCAAAAGACCAAGGGAAUGGGAGGAGGAAGAGGCACAGCACAUCAAGAAGCCGGCAUCAGACGAGAACAAAGCUAGGUUGGAUGAUAUCCACCAUCAUCGACCAUCUCCGCCUGUUCGUAUCUCUUCUCCACAUCAAGAGUCUAGAAGGCGAAGUUCCUCAGAAAGGCCGGGGGGAGGGGAAUAUCAUCACAGUCAGCCAUCGCUUCCCUCUCAGAUAAAUAUCCAGCAAAACCAUCACACGUCAAACUCCCUUCCCCCGAUUAGUCACCAGCAACUCCCUCCUAUGACAGAGUCAAGAACAGAGGCAUUAAGAAUGUCGGAAGCCCCCCGAGAGGACCGGAAAGAAAUUAUCGAGCCACCUGCUAGGAAGGUCGAACUAGACGAGGAUUAUGAUAAUGAGGAGAUGGGUGAUUCAGAAAGGGAUCCCUCAGGCAAGGGGCAAAACACUGAAGGUCCCAAUGGAAUUUCUAGUGCACCCUCAGGCGACAAUUGA